GUUCACUCCCAGCUUCUCUGAUCAUUGAGACAAUAAUAGAGCAUGCAGCAAAAGAAUUAAACAAGCAUCCAAUCAUCUUUAAGGAGAUGAACCUGUAUGAAAAUGGCCAGACUGACCUUGCAGGAGUAACGCUGACACACUGUACCAUGCGAAAUGUCUGGCAACGACUGAAACAGACAGCUCAGGUAGAAAGCAGAAUGAAGGAUGUGGACACCUUCAACAAGAACAAUCUGUGGAGGAAACGUGGAAUCACUAUGACGGCUGUCAAAUAUGCCAUGGUUUACCCGCCACCUGGUCACACUGUCAAUGUGUCCGCCUUCAGUGGAGAUGGAACUGUGUCUGUCAUGGUGACCGGAACAGAAAUGGGACAGGGCCUUUUCACAAAGGUGUCACAGGCUGUUGCCAAAACACUGAAUAUUCCACUUGAUUUUAUCAAAGUCAGGCCUUUGCAGAACAACACGCUCCCUAACCCCCUGUUCACAGGUGGCAGCACAGCAAGUGAAAUGUGUGUCCAGGCUGCUAUCAACGCUUGCAAUGAUCUUAACGAGCGUAUCCAGCCAGUUCGGGAGAAGAUGCCAGAUGCCUCUUGGCCUGAAUUACUUGGUGCCUGUAACUUCAGCAGCAUUGAUCUUUCAGCCAGAGCAAAAUCUGACAGAGUUGCUGACAUGUUCCGCUAUCACACUUACUGUGCUGGUGUUGUGGAAUCAGAGGUAGAUGUCCUCACUGGAGAGUUCCAAAUCAAGAGAGUGGAUAUCAUGGCUGACUUUGGGGACAGCAUAAAUCCCACCAUUGAUAUUGGGCAGAUGGAAGGUGGAUUUGUGAUGGGUCUUGGAGCAUUUCUCAGUGAAGAUCUUCACUACAACAAGAAAACUGGAGAAUUGUUGAAUGAUGGAACAUGGGAAUACAAACCACCAACAACCAAAGACAUUCCCAUUGACUGGAGAAUCCACUUUCUGCCUGAUUCACCUAACCAGUUUGGUGUUCUCAGUUCAAAAGCUGUUGGGGAGCCUCCAGUUGGUUUGGCCAUGGGAGCAUUGCUGUCCAUAAAAAGUGCUGUUGAGAGUGUGAGGGAAGACCUGACUGGAGAACGAACAUUUGUUCCCGUUGUUGCUCCAUACACAGUUGAAAAAGCUCAGCUUGAUACGAAGAUAGCUUUGGAACAUCUGCAGGUGGGACCGCUUUCAUCAUAG